AUGUCACCCCCCGAUGUCUUCUCCCUCCCCAUAUUCCUAGUCACCUUCCGCGAAUCCCUCGAAACAGUCAUCAUCGUCUCCGUGCUUCUCGCCUUUCUCAAGCAGACCGUCUUUCCCCAAGACAGAACACUCUACAAAAAACUGGUCCGCCAGGUCUGGCUGGGCACCGGGGCCGGGUUUCUCCUGACGUUGCUCAUCUCUGCCAUCCUAAUCGGCGUCUUCUACACAACCGGCGCCAGCAGCUGGGACGGGCCGGAGCUGAAAUACGAGGGUGCUUUCUCCCUUGUGGCGGCUGUUAUUAUUUCCGUUGUGGGUGCGGCGCUGUUGAGGGUCGGGAGGAUGAGGGAGAAAUGGGCUGGGAAGUUGGCAAAGAGUAUUAACGAUUACAACAAGGACGGUGGUGGUGGUGGUGGUAAUGGUGGGAAGGGAGCAAUGAUGAUGAUGUGGAGGCGGGUCAAAAGCUGGACAGAACGGUAUUUCAUGCUGGUUCUGCCCUUUGUCACCGUCCUCCGUGAGGGCAUCGAGGCCAUCGUCUUCAUCGCGGGAGUGACCUUUUCCGCGCCCGCCACCGCCGUGCCGCUCGCCGCGGUUGUCGGGUUGGCGGUGGGUGCUAUUGUGGGUUGGGUUUUGUACAAAGGCGGAUCGUCAACCAAACUGCAGGUCUUCCUCGUCAUCUCAACAUGCCUGCUUUAUCUCGUCGGGGCGGGGCUCUUCUCGCGCGCGGUGUGGUCCUUUGAGCAGCAGGCGUGGCAAGACAUCAUCGGCGGGGAUGUCACCGAAACCGGGGACGGUCCGGGGUCGUAUGACAUUGACAAAUCCGUUUGGCACGUCAACUGCUGCAACCCAAACAUGAACGGCGGCGGCGGAUGGGGCGUCUUGAACGCCAUCUUUGGAUGGACAAACUCGGCAACCUACGGCUCCGUCAUUUCGUACAACCUGUACUGGCUGUUUGUUAUCGUCGCCUUCGUGCUGAUGAGAUACCGCGAGGUACACGGCCGCUGGCCCUUGACCAAGGCGAAGGGCUCUCGCCGACAAGAGGAUCAUGAGGCUGGGAAUCGUGCGAGCGGGGAGGACAAGGCGUCAGUCGGCAAGAUGGUAGCGACAGAGGGAAUAGCUCCGGUUGAGGUCUAA